CGCGCGCGGUGCUCGCUGCCCCCUCGCCUCUCCCUGCGCUCGGAUCGCGGCUCCUCCCGCUCCCCGCACCGCUCCGCGCCGGACCCGCGGACCGGGAGGCGGCGGCCGUGAUCGGUGGGCUCCCGCGAACACAGCGGCGCAGGCGGUGGGGCCCGGGAAGGGGCGCAGCGGAGCUCGGCGAGUCCGCGGGAGGCGAUGUUGCUGCGCGCGGGCCCCUGCGUAAGGCGGACGCCGCGACAGGCCGGCCGGUGAGGCGCCGCCUGGGGAGGCCGCGACGGAGCGCCCGGACCCGCCAUGGGCUGAGACACGUCCUCGCCGAGCAGAACAUGCCUGGGUGACCUUGCUCCCAGAUCUUCCUGGUGGCCUUCCUCGCCCUCCCCAGUGACACUAUGCACCCCCAGCGUGACCUGCGAGGCCUGUGGCUCCCACUGCUGUCCUGGUUCCUGCUCUUCUGUGAGACGACCGAAGCUGGCCGGGCCCUGGUUAGCUGUCCUGCCGCCUGCUUGUGUGCCAGCAAUAUCCUCAGCUGCUCCAAGCAGCAGCUGCCCCACGUGCCCCAUGCCUUGCCCAGCUACACGGCUCUGUUAGACCUCAGCCACAACAACCUGAGCCGCCUGCGGGCUGAGUGGACCCCCACGCGCCUGCCCCACCUGCACUCCUUGCUGCUGAGCCACAACCACCUGAACUUCAUCUCCUUGGAGGCCUUUUCCCCAGUGCCCAACCUGAGAUACCUGGACCUCUCCUCCAACCAGCUGCGGACACUGGAUGAGUCCCUGUUCAGUGAGCUGCAGUUCUUGGAGGUGCUGCUGCUUUACAAUAACCACAUCAUGGCCGUGGACCGCUCGGCCUUCGAGGAUGUGGCCCAGCUGCAGAAACUCUACCUAAGCCAGAACCAGAUCUCCCGCUUCCCUCUGGAACUGGUCAAGCUCCCCAAGCUGACGCUCCUGGACCUCUCCUCCAACAAGCUGAAGAUGCUGCCGCUGUCCGACCUGCAGAAGCUGCCCGCCUGGGUCAAGAAUGGGCUGUACCUGCACAACAACCCCCUGCACUGCACCUGUGAGCUCUACCAGCUCUUCUCGCACUGGCAGCACCGGCAGCUGAGCCCCGUCGUGGACUUCCAGGAGGACCUGCACUGUGUGAGCGCCAAGAAGCUACACAGCGUCUUCAGUCUCAACUGCAGUGAGUACAAGGAGCAUGCCUGGGUGGCCCACCUGGGGGACGCCGUGACCAUCCAUUGUGACACCAGGCAGCAGGGCAUGACGAAGGUGUGGCUGACACCCAGCAACGAGCGGGUGCUGGAUGCUGUGGCCAACAGCACGAUGACGGUGUUCGAGAACGGCAGCCUGCAUUUCAGGCGCGUGCAGGUCGAGGACGGGGGUGUGUACACCUGCUACGCCUCAGGGGAAGCUUUCAACGAGACCCUGUCGGUGGAGCUGAAGGUGUACAAUUUCACCUCGUAUGGACACCACGACACCCUCAACACGGCCUAUACCACCCUCGUGGGCUGUAUCCUCAGCGUGGUCCUGGUCCUCAUAUACCUGUACCUCACCCCCUGUCGCUGCUGGUGCCGGGGUGUCGAGAAGCCUUCCAGCCACCAAGGAGACAGCCUCAGCUCGUCCAUGCUGAGUACCACACCCAACCACGAUCCUAUGGCCGGUGGGGACAAGGAUGAUGGUUUUGACCGGCGGGUGGCCUUCCUGGAACCUGCUGGCCCCGGGCAGGGUCAAAAUGGCAAGCUCAAGCCAGGCAACACCCUGCCGGUGCCCGAGGUGGCAGGCAAGGGCCAGCGGAGGAUGUCGGAUCCGGAGUCGGUCAGCUCGGUCUUCUCUGACACGCCCAUUGUGGUGUGAGCAGGGUGGGUGGGCGGGGACGUUCUGCCCCAGGAGAGGUAAUGCACCCCUGAAGGAUUUGAGGGGAUGGAAGAGAGGGCUGGCUGCCCCAGGGAGUGGGUUUUCCCUGACCUCAAGAGAAUUGGUCACGGGCACAAGAGCAAGCAAGACCCCAGCCGGGGGUGUGGCUGCCCUGAGUUUCAAACAGGGGCGUAUCACUCCCCAGGCAGAUGCUACACCCCUGCGCGAAGCCCCUGCGCUGGUCUGUCAGCGCGCUGGAGGAGGGGCGCGUCCCAGCUGGGUGGGAAUGAGGAAGAGGUUGGGGGAAGAGCAGAUGCCCUAAACUUUUCAAGAUCAUCCCUAGCUCCUUAGGAGAAAGUCAUUUGGGGGGAAAAUCCCUUUUUUUCUAUUCCUGCCUACCCCCAACACACACACCUGUGACGUUGGGCGGGUUCGGGGAGCUUCCACGGGGGAACCCAUAGGGGGAGAGUCGUAGUGUUUUCUGUGGUCGGGAGGUCACACUUCACAGUAAGGAAAUCAAAAGCCUCUGGAAAAAUGAGUCAGGAAAAGGCUGAGACCUCCAGCACUAGCCCUCUCCCGGGCUGCUGCGAGACUUCCCGAUGCCUCGUGCUCCCUGGCCAGCCGUGCGGGGUGUGGUGUCGGUGCCCUGUCCUGGGACCAGAGGCACGGAGGGGCCCUCAGCGCAGGCGCGGCAGGAAACCCGUGGAUGGGGGUGAACUGCACACUGGCUCGUUUCCCGGGUGGGGAGACCGGGUUAGCGUUUGGUGCCAGCACCUGUGUGUCAGGCCUGGGUGGGGCCCGCUCCACACGAGAAGGAGGAGCGUGCAUCAGCCUCUCUUAGGUAGCGCCCUGCGGGCCCCGCCUGACUCUCGGGGUUCGCCAUCUCUUCCUUCGGCCUCCUUGUCAAGUUUGGGUGGGGUCCUGAGUUCUCCCCGACUGCUGCCCAGGCCCGGCUAGGCGAGGCCUGGGGACACAGAGGCAGGUGUCUCCUCUGUGCCGGCAAAGCUGCCUUGCUCCUCGUGGAGGUCUCGCCCGAGGAGAGACCAAAGCACGGGCGCUGUCACUGAGGGGUCGGAACUGCUUGGUCUCUGCCCAGUGCCGCAGUUUGGAGUGUGGCUUCGAGUUCUGUGUCUCCACAGGGUUCCAGGCAGUCUCGUAACGGGGACAGCCAGUGGCACUGAACCUUCAGAAGGGCAGCUCUGCCACCCACAGCACUGUCAGCCAGAGGUCUGUGCCAGAGAAACUUCUGAACAGGCUGACGCCCCACCCCACCCAGGGUUACAGAACACUUAGGGCCCAGAGGCAGCCGUCCCCCGGGACUUCUCCCUCUGACGGGGGGGCAUAAGCACUGGGAAGGCUGCUCUGAGCCUCAUCAAGGGCACAGACAAGGCAGAGGGGGAAGGUUCUCAGAUGUGGGUCGUUUUCACUCUGUCCCCUUCGCCCACCAGGCUCCCUGUCCAGUGGGAGUUAACCAGACCUGGUGUUCCAACCUGCUCCUUAGGUUCCAACAGGUGUCGUUUCCCUGCGGGCAAUAAGAGCGGCUGCUAGGAGGGCCUGACUCCUUGGGGAAGGGGACUGGAGCUCAACAUCUUCCCCCGCCCGCUCCUGGAGGUCAAGGCUGCUGCCCAUCCUUUCUCAGUACCCGGUUUUGUCUAGAGGUGCAGCAUUUCCCUCAGGUACCUGCAUGCUCAUAGGUGUGCACGCUUCUAGGUAUGCAUGCACUCAGCACCUUGGCCCCCAGGACAGUGACCCCUCAGUCCCCACUGAGGUGCAUUUCAGAAGGUCUCCACCUGUGUGCACGACGUGAUGCACACGUUUUCUUGCCCUGUAGGAGACAGUGAUCACGCCAGGCGCCCCAAAUAAACUCUUGUCCUUUUAAUUCAUUCUGAGAUCUCUGAAGCUUCACCCACGUCUCCAUGGUUCACCCGAGUUCUCUGCAAGGCCUGGAGUUGGGAGAACCACACAUGGAAGACCUCGGGAGAUGGGGCGAUGAGGAGCUAGCCAGUUCUUCAGGCCCUAAGGAGCCUUCCUUGGGUUAAAGACAGUAGAUGGGACGUAAAAGUGCAGCUAGGUCAAGGAAGGACCCAGAGGAGCUGGCGGGGGACCAGGUAGCUGUCAGUGGCUCUUCCUCUGUGAACUGCCCGGUAGGAUGGGGGCAGGAGGGAGAAGUCGUCUGGUUAAGUUCCAGAGGCCAGUUGUGGGGGAACAGGGACUCCCUGCUCACUUCGCAGGGAGCCUGUGAACAUCUCACCUCCAUGCCGGAGUGUCCCCUUGAGGAGCUGCCCGAGACUCUGAAAGUUGGAGUGUCAAAUGGAGCUGGCCGGCCGGGGCAGUCCAGCUGAGGCCUGAGGACGAGGAGGGCCCUUUUCUCCUUUUCAUACCCAAGUUGGGGACUAGGAAGAUGCCCCGAGGCCGUCAGUCCCUCUGCUCUGUCCACUAGCCUGGCCCCAGCUUGAGACACUGGUCGGUGUGCCUGGCUGCCCGCCAACCCCCACGACAGACUGAAUGAAUCAGCCUCUUCCGUGGUUUCAGUUGAUAGAACACAAAGGUCACUUUCUCCUUGGGGACCAAUUACCCAGCACAUGGAAGCUCCCUAGAACCCUGUGUAGGAAACUGCCUGGUGUGGCUCUAAGAACAGACUGAGCGAGCACCCCCACCGCUCCUCCUCCCCACACCCGUGAACCAUACAUGUCUCCCAGGAAGCAGGUGUCCCUGGAGACAGUACGACAGGGCUCAACAGUCUACGUGAUUGUUUGUGACCUUUUCCUUUGCCUGAGUUUAUGGGGCCCCUAGGAAGGGGCCAGGAAAAGGUACACCCCAGCCUGGGGAGGGCAAAGCCAACUGGCCCGUUUUCUGUGUGUUCUUACCUUUGUACUUCCUCGUGGCCCUGCUGGCGAAGCAGGCUGGCUUCCCUCCCCUGUGCAAACCCAGGGGCCUGUCCCUCCCCUGUGCAGACCCAGGCUGGCAAGCCUUGGAGCCUCUGGGCUCUGGAAACUAGACAACCACCAUUAAACCUGGCUUGAGUCUCUUG